AUGGUGUCUGACAAUGGAAGGCAAAUUGUGUUUAGCGAAUUUAGAAAGUUUUGUGAAACGUUGGCAGUAGAACAUGUAACUACUGCGCCAUACCACCCCAGAUCUAACGGACAGGCAGAACACUUUGUUGACACCUGCAAGAGAGCCCUAAGAAAAUCGAAUAAAGAAGUCACGGAUGAGGUAGCUCUUCAACAAUUUUUAAGUGUGUACAGUGUGACACCAAAUCCGAAUACACCAGCAGGUAGCACACCGGCUGAGCUGAUGUUUGCAAAGAAAGUAAAAUCAGUUUUUAAUAAAUUGCUACCUGGCAAGAAAAGAAAAAGUGCCAGGGAAGACAUAGCAAGAUCCUUUAAAGUUAGUGAAAAGGUGUAUAUGAGGGCAUAG